CAGCCCCCCCAGUUAGUGUGAAAAAUGCUGUGCCUGCGAAAAGUUCUGCGAUCGGCUGCACUGCGUCAGCUUCGCUUUUUGAGUGGCAAGCCACAGGGCGAUGUCCUUCCCCAGAGCUGCGAUGUCCUGAUAAUCGGGGGCGGCGGUAUGGGCGCCUCUUCCGCGUUUUGGCUGAAAUCAAGGAUGCUGCAGCUUGGCAAAAAGCUUAAUGUCCUGGUGGUGGAACGGGAUGCCGGCUACACCAGUGCCUCCACCGUGCUAUCCGUAGGCGGAGUUCGCCAGCAGUUUUCCCUGGCGGAAAACAUAGAGAUGUCCCUUUUCGGCUACAACUUUGUGGUAAACGGCGAGAAGCAUUUGGGUGAUGUGGAUCUCUGUUACCAACCGAACGGCUACCUGAUCUUGGCCUCCUCAAAGGGAGCCCAUAUCCUGGCGCAGAACUCCAAGCUGCAGAACGAGUUGGGAGCCCGAAACGAGCUGCUCGGUCCGGUGGCCUUGCGUCGCAGAUUCCCAUGGCUGUCCACGGAGGACGUGGAGCUGGGUUGCCAUGGGAUCGACAAGGAGGGUUGGUUUGAUCCCUGGGCCCUGCUAAUGGGCUACAAGAAGAAAGCUCGUGCUCUGGGCGCCAAUUUCGCCAACGGCUCGGUGGUUGGCUUCGAGUGGGACGCCUCGGGUGCCCUUUCAGGAGCGGUGGUCGAUUCCGGAGACGGUGUCCAGCGCACGGUGAAGUUCGACACGUGCGUCCUGGCAGCGGGAGCCUAUUCGGGACAGGUGGCGCGACUGGCAGGCAUCGGUGAUCCGGCUGCAAAGGAGAGUUCCCUGAGCGUAGCUCUGCCUGUAGAACCCCGCAAGCGGUAUGUCUAUGUGUACAGCACUCAGGGACGGAACUGUCCGGGCGUGGCCACGCCUCUGACCGUCGACCCGGAUGGCACCUACUUCCGGCGCGAUGGUCUCUGCGGGAACUUCCUUUGCGGCCGCAGUCCCAACGAAGACGAGGAGCCCGAGUGCGAAACGCUGGACGUGGACCACGGCUACUUUGAAUCGAAUGUCUGGCCCACACUGGCGACCCGUGUGCCGGCCUUCGAGUCGGUGAAGAUCCAGAGCAGCUGGGCAGGCUACUACGACCACAACACAUUCGAUGCGAACGGCAUUAUCGGCCGACAUCCUCACUACAGCAAUCUCUUCAUAGCCGCCGGCUUCAGCGGUCACGGCAUCCAGCAGACUCCGGCCGUGGGUCGCGCCAUUUCCGAACUGAUCCUGGACGGCAAGUUCACCACGCUCGAUCUUUCGCGGCUCGGCUUCGAACGACUGGUGAACAAGCAGCCCAUGUUCGAGGUGAACAUCGUUUGAGAAGUU